AUGGAGCGCCGGGCUGCCCGUGCCUUCCUCGCGCUGCUGUGGGGCUGCGCUCUGCUCGCGGCGGCGGCGCAGGGCAAGGAAGUUGUUCUGUUGGACUUUGCAGCAGCCAAGGGCGAGCUCGGCUGGCUCACGCACCCGUACGGCAAAGGGUGGGACUUGAUGCAGAACAUCAUGAAUGACAUGCCCAUCUACAUGUACUCCGUGUGCAACGUGGUGGCCGGCGACCAGGACAACUGGCUCCGCACCAACUGGGUGUACCGGGGCGAGGCCGAGCGCAUCUUCAUCGAGCUCAAGUUCACGGUGCGUGACUGCAACAGCUUCCCUGGUGGCGCCAGUUCCUGCAAGGAGACCUUCAACCUCUACUACGCUGAGUCGGAUGUGGACUAUGGCACCAAUUUCCAGAAGCGCCAAUUCACCAAGAUUGACACCAUCGCGCCCGAUGAGAUCACCGUGAGCAGCGACUUUGAGGCACGCAAUGUGAAGCUGAACGUGGAGGAGCGCUCCGUGGGGCCGCUUACCCGCAAGGGCUUCUACUUGGCCUUCCAGGACAUCGGAGCCUGCGUGGCACUGCUCUCCGUCCGUGUGUACUACAAGAAGUGCCCUGAACUGCUGCAGGGCCUGGCCCACUUCCCGGAGACCAUCGCUGGCUCUGACGCUCCCUCCCUGGCCACCGUGGCUGGCACCUGCGUGGACCAUGCGGUGGUGCCGCCAGGGGCUGAAGAGCCCCGUAUGCACUGUGCCGUGGAUGGCGAGUGGCUGGUGCCCAUUGGGCAGUGCUUGUGUCAGGAAGGCUACGAAAAAGUGAACGACAGCUGCCAGGCCUGCUCCCAAGGGUUCUUCAAACCUGAGGCGUCAGAGAGCCCCUGCCUAGAGUGUCCCGAGCACACGCUGCCAUCCCCCGAGGGUGCCACCUCCUGCGAGUGUGAGGAAGGCUACUUCCGGGCACCCCAGGACCCACUGUCCAUGCCCUGCACACGCCCACCCUCUGCCCCACACUACCUCACGGCCGUGGGCAUGGGGGCCAAGGUGGAGCUGCGCUGGACACCCCCUCAGGACACCGGGGGUCGUGAAGACAUCAUCUACAGCGUCACUUGUGAGCAGUGCUGGCCUGAGACUGGCGAGUGUGGGCCCUGUGAGGCCAGUGUGCGCUACUCAGAGUCUCCACAUGCACUGACCCGCACCAGUGUCACUGUCAGUGACCUGGAACCCCACAUGAACUACACCUUCGCCGUGGAGGCCCGCAACGGCGUCUCGGGCCUGGUGACCAGCCGGAGCUUCCGCACAGCCAGCGUCACCAUCAACCAGACGGAGCCCCCCAAGGUGAAGCUGGAGGGUCGCAGCACCACCUCACUGAGCGUGUCCUGGACCAUCCCCGUGCCACAGCAGAGCCGCGUGUGGAAGUACGAGGUCACCUACCGCAAGAAGGGGGACUCUAACAGCUACAAUGUGCGCCGUACUGAAGGCUUCUCCGUUACCCUGGACGACCUGGCUCCGGACACCACCUACCUGGUUCAGGUGCAGGCACUGACGCAGGAGGGCCAGGGGGCCGGCAGCAAGGUGCACGAGUUCCAGACCCUGUCCAUGGAAGGAUCCAGCAACAUGGCGGUGAUUGGUGGUGUGGCCGUCGGCCUUGUCUUGCUCCUGAUGUUGGCAGGAAUCGGCUUCUUCAUUCACCGCAGGAGGAAGAACCUACGUGCCCGCCAGUCCUCGGAGGACGUGUACUUCUCCAAGUCAGAACAACUGAAGCCCUUGAAGACAUACGUGGACCCCCAUACGUAUGAGGACCCCAACCAGGCUGUCCUCAAGUUCACCACCGAGAUCCACCCAUCCUGCAUCACCCGGCAGAAAGUGAUCGGAGCAGGAGAAUUUGGAGAAGUGUACAAGGGGAUGUUGAAGGCGUCUUCAGGGAAGAAAGAGGUACCUGUGGCCAUCAAGACGCUGAAGGCUGGCUACACGGAGAAGCAGCGGGUAGACUUCCUGAGUGAGGCCUCCAUCAUGGGACAGUUCAGCCAUCAUAACAUCAUCCGCCUGGAGGGUGUCGUCUCGAAAUACAAGCCCAUGAUGAUCAUUACAGAGUACAUGGAGAAUGGGGCCCUGGACAAGUUCCUUCGAGAGAAAGAUGGCGAGUUCGGCGUACUACAGUUGGUGGGCAUGCUGCGGGGCAUCGCGGCGGGCAUGAAGUACCUGGCCAACAUGAACUAUGUGCACCGCGACCUGGCCGCCCGCAACAUCCUCGUCAACGGCAACCUGGUGUGCAAGGUGUCCGAUUUCGGCCUGUCCCGUGUGCUGGAGGAUGACCCGGAGGCCACCUAUACCACCAGUGGCGGCAAGAUCCCCAUCCGCUGGACAGCCCCUGAGGCCAUUUCAUACCGCAAGUUCACCUCGGCCAGUGACGUGUGGAGCUACGGCAUCGUCAUGUGGGAGGUGAUGACGUAUGGCGAGCGGCCCUACUGGGAGCUGUCGAACCACGAGGUGAUGAAAGCCAUCAACGACGGCUUCCGGCUGCCCACGCCCAUGGACUGCCCGUCUGCCAUCUACCAGCUCAUGAUGCAGUGUUGGCAGCAGGAGCGUGCCCGCCGUCCCAAGUUCACUGACAUUGUCAGCAUCCUCGACAAGCUCAUCCGAGCCCCCGACUCCCUCAAGACCCUGGCUGACUUUGACCCGCGUGUGUCCAUCCGGCUGCCCAGUACCAGUGGCUCUGAGGGCGUGCCCUUCCGCACGGUGUCCGAGUGGCUGGAGUCCAUCAAGAUGCAGCAGUACACAGAACACUUCAUGGCGGCUGGCUACACCGCCAUCGAGAAGGUGGUGCAGAUGACCAAUGAGGACAUCAAGAGGAUUGGGGUACGGCUGCCGGGCCACCAGAAGCGCAUCGCCUACAGCCUGCUGGGGCUCAAGGACCAGGUCAACACCGUGGGCAUCCCCAUUUGAGCCCACCCCUCGGCCAUGAAGACUUGAAGAGCAGUGACUUAGCUGCCAGCCCCGCGCUGGCGUCCGGGGAACUUAUUUAUUUUGAAUUGUCCCCUUCUGGGCGCCAUUGUUGGGGGUUCUUGGAGGGUCCCAGACCUGGGUCCCCUCCCCUCCUCACUCCCAUUUCCUGAAGGAGAGAUGCUCAAGCACUUAGCAGGCAUCGCCAUGCUCCCAGCAUUCUCUGGGGCAGGAGUCUGAUCAAGGUCUUCUGGUAUCCUCACAGGACAUUUCCAAACCAACCUCACACUCGCCGUCUCCUGCCAGAGGGAGAUGGGAGAUGAGGGGGCGGGGUAAUCUAAGCCCAUGGCCACGCGACUGGGCCCCUGUGGUCCCUCCCUCACUGACAGGGGCCGCACGUGGACUCGAGCUGGGUGUGCCCCACGGGGUCCUCCGUCCCUCUGGUGCCUUCUUCAGACUCCGGGCCUGGGCCUGGCCCUCAGCCCAAGGAGCGCCAGACUCUUGCUUUCCUGGGCCCCCACACAGGGU